CUUCCUACUUCAAACUAAAAAGACCACAUCGGACGCAUCAAUCCAUUCAAUCUUGUCAAAGUUUGAAGCUUUUGAGCAAGAACCCUCCUUCCUGUCCCAAUCCCCCGAUUUCCCAGUUCUGCAAUUUCUCCAUUGUUUCACUCCAGGCAACCUGAACCUUUCAAUCUUCAACUCUCCUGUUCUGAAACAAAAGAGUUUUGAUUUUUCAUGGCGCCUAAACCGUGUUUAGAAUCAGCUUGAAUGAAUGCAAUUUCUGAAGCAAAAAAACUGCCUGCGUAAUUAUAAACGUUUUGUUGGGUUGAUUGGAUUUGAUGGAUACCAGUAAGUGGAGGCCUUCUCAAGUUGGAGAGGCGGCCAUGGAUGCCGGCGAUUGGAGGAGUCAGCUGCAGGCUGAUUCAAGGCAAAGAAUUGUCAACAAUCUGCAAAAUGGAUACGACCUUUUUUAUAGAAUGGAUACGUUGAAGAGGCAUUUUCCCUUCUCCGGACAAGAUGGAUUACAGGAACUCAGUAAAAUUGCUGUAAGGUUUGAGGAAAAGAUUUAUACUGCAGCCACAAGCCAGUCGGAUUAUCUACGGAAAAUUUCUCUGAAGAUGCUCACAAUGGAGACCAAGUCUCAGAAUUCAAUGGGCAAUCCUUUACAAUCUAACUCUGCUGGGUCUUUCGGUAUGCAACCCCAGGUCCCCAAUCAAGCUUCUCUAGAUUCCUCAGCUCAGACUGGAUAUGCAAAUGGGGGUGAUUGGCAAGAGGAGGUCUAUCAAAAAAUCAAAGUCAUGAAGGAAAAUUACUUACCCGAACUAAGUGAAAUGUAUCAGAAAAUUGCUACUAAACUUCAGCAGCACGAUUCUCUUCCACAACAACCAAAGUCAGAGCAGCUUGAGAAGCUAAAAAUGUUCAGAACCAUGUUAGAGCGCCUCAUAUCAAUCUUACAGGUUUCCAAGAGUAACAUUUCACCUGGUUUGAAAGACAAGUUGGGUUUAUUUGAGAAGCAGAUAGUAAAUUUAUUAAUACAAAUAGACCGAGGAAGCAAGGUCCUCCUCUGCAACAAGGGCAGCUCCCCCCACCUCCUCAUAUGUAAAGUGGAUUGCACCGUUGUUGAGAGGCUGGCGAGCUUCAACAAAACGAAGAAAUCGCAACCGCAACCGCAAAAUGAAUGGACCGCAUUUUGAAAGAUUUCAAGCUAUUUGUCAAUAAUUAAUUAAAGAGACUGCAUUUUUAUAACGUUAUUUGUGUGUUUGGAAUGAUUUAUCAUCAGUUUUACUUUUAUAUGAUUGAAUUAGAGGAGCUCUCUCUCUC